UCUGCCCCAAACCAGUCCAUGAUUCUUUCCUCAUGGAUUUUUAACGGUCCUAUUCAGUAAACUGUUUGUGGGAACCUCCCGCAGGAGAGUAAGAAUUCACUCCCUGGCCAUUGUUUUCCCCUCAGCAAAGAGCAAUUUCUCUCACAGGCAAAGGAGAGGAGUCUUUACUCGAAUUGAGAAAGCCCCAUAAUGUUAAUUUCUCUCUUCUGGUGCAAAUAUGUGUUCUGACAUGCAGAAAUGGUGAUGUCCUUAGAGAGAUUUGAAGCGGAGGGGCUGGGAGAGUCUUGUGCCUUCUGAGGAGCAUUUCACUACCUUGAAUUGUGCGGUUGGAGUUGGCUGGGCCUGCGUUUUGGGAGCGUUCAGAAAAGGCCGGGGGUGCGGAUGCCUGCCUUCAGCAUCUUAGUUUGGGGUUUUCUUUGCGAUUUGCCUGGCUUGGGACUCUGAAUCCUGUUCUGGGGUUGGAGAUGCCUGUGUUCUUUGGGUAGGGACUGCAGGCACUGGAUUUAAGGACAGGAUGGCAUCCAGAGGGACUGGACAGGCUGGAGAAGUGGGGCUGUGAGAGCCUCAGGAGGUUCAGCAAGGGCAGGGGCUGGAACUGGAUGGGCUUUGAGGUCCCUUCCAACCCAAAAUAUUCUAUGAUUUGUAGUUGUUUAACUUCACCAAAAAACAGCUUAGAUUUCAUUUCAUGCAGUCAACUUCAGACCAAAGCGCGCUCGCGUUUAACACUCACUGGUUAAACUGGGAUGAGCUAUGGAACGCCGGUCUCGGCUCUGUUAGCCAUCUGGGCAAGUUCAACGCAGUUUUGGCAACCAAGGUCAGAUGUUGGUUCUUGCCACAACUCCUUGGAAGCGAUUGUGAAGCAUCAGUUUUGAUGUACGAGGAAUGUUUUCUGCGCAGUGUCUCAAGGUGGGGUGGUUUGGAGUUUGUGCUUCCGAGUGAUGCUCUGGUUCCAAAAGAAACACAGAGUUUCUCGUUUAAUCACUAAUAAUCCAGGAUUACAGACCGUCCUGCUUUUUUUUUGAAAUAGUAACAGGUCUGCUUUAAUUAGAAAGACUCUAAUGCAGAUUAAAGUGUUAGGCAAAGCGGAAUCCUCCUGUCUCUCAGGGAAAUGAUGAGAGCUGGGAGGACCAUUUAGAAAAUCAAAACUGCGGAGGGGUUCUUCGAGGCGUGUGCAGGCUGUCGCAGGAGUGUAAAUGCUCAACCCCCCCAAAUUCAUCAGGUUUUGAUACCUAGAGGAUUUUCUUUCCCAAACCAGGCUGUGAGCCAGGGAGCAGAUCCUCACCUGGGCAGAGCUGGUGAGGUUUGGAGGGGUUUGACCGCUGGGGACCCCCACGACCAUCCACAAGCAGGAGAUCCCCGGGCUGUGCACGGCACGCAGGGGCAGAUUCAGUUCUCCUGUCCUACCAGUUCAGGUUAAAAGCACCCAUAGGAAGAUGGGAUUUGCUUUUUGGGGGAUUUUUUUUCUUGGAAAAAAGUAGUAACAGCAGUAAUGCCCCAUUCACCUGUGGGACAAAGCAGCUGUGUGCAAGGGGAUGAGAAAAAUCACUCAAUUGUACUUUCUGCCCAGUGUGGUGAAAUGUUGCUGUAUAAAAAGGAUCGGGGGUUUUGCUUAAUGAAGAACUCCAGAUUCCAAAUCUUGUUUGAUUGGGCAAAUCCAGAAGGGAUUUCUGCUUAGUAGGCGCAACGUCACGGUUUUAUUAUGGCCAUUUAGUCACCCAGGUUUCUAAUUCAGAUCUCUGGUGUCCCAGGGAGCAUUUUCAUCCCUGUGAAAGUGAGAGUUUGGAGACUGAAGAAGUCAAAAUGCCAUUGCACACGGUCGUUGCUUUGUGUGUGCGUGCGCACAAUUAGCUUAAGGUAUUAAUAUAGAAAGUAGGUAGCUGCAUCUAAUGAUUUUUUUGGAGUAAUCUGAACCAUCUGCCUCUAGAUAUUAAGGAGUUGGCUCUUUAAUCCAGAUUAUGGCUGACAAACUGGUUUUGGCGUUCGCGUUUCACUAGCACUGUGCCCUUGGAGAGCUGAUGUGGCUGUAGGACCUCGCUCGCUUGGGUUUGAAAACACUUGGGGUUUGGUUUGGCUUUGUGGUCGUUGGGUGCUCGUAGCUCCUUUUUCUUGAGAAGAUGGCCUUCUUAAUGAAAAGUAUGUUGAGCAACCAGGUAAAGAAUCUGGGACUUGGAGGUGGAGGGGAAGAAAGCAAAGAAGAAAGCACUCCUUCUGAUCCAGCAGCAGCUGCGGGAAUGACCAGAGAGGAGUAUGAGGAGUAUCAAAAGCAAAUGGUUGAGGAGAAGAUGGAAAGAGACGCAGCGUUCGCCCAGAAGAAAGCCGAGCGAGCCUGUCUGAGGGUGCACCUGAGAGAGAAGUACAGGCUGCCCAAGAGCGAACUGGAUGAGAAUCAAAUACAGAUGGCUGGCGACGACGUGGACUUGCCAGAAGACCUUCGGAAGAUGGUGGCAGAAGAUCAGGUGGAAGAGGAGGACAAGGACUCUAUCCUGGGACAGUUGCAGAACAUCCAGAACAUGGACAUGGACACAAUCAAAGAAAAGGCACAAGCCACCUUCACCGAAAUGAAACAGGCAGCCGAGCAGAAAUGUUCUGUGAUGUAGGAGAGACGCCACGGGCUGGGAACUCGGGCUUGUCAGGGGCUGGGGAGGAGCGCACUUAGCUCUAGAGCAUUAAAUGUCAAUAUAGAAAAGAAAGAGAGAGAGAGAGAGACUUUUAAACCCUAAGGACUGGCAAAAUUUAUGUGCUGCAACUGCUUAGUGCAACAUUAGAACUGAUCCUCAUUUUUUAACAUAACAUUUUUCCCCAUGGAGGAAAAAAAAAAGGCUUUGAAAAAGCCAAUAGUGGGGAAAAAAUGUGCCUUCUUCCAUUUUUUCAAAGUGAUCAGAAUGCUAUUAAAUGUGUAUUUUUUAGCAAAACUGUGGUUCUGAUGCAUAACACAUAGGUAACCACUCAUUUAACAUGGCUUUCAGAAAUAUAUACAUAUAUUUCUAAUAGAAGCCUGCCUGUUUCAACCAUUUUGAAACAAAAAAAGUAUUAAAUAUUGACAGUUUCUGCAAAAAAACUUGAAAAAAAUAGUUUUGAUCAUCUCUGUAGUAAAUACAGCAGUAAGUAAACCAUAUAAUUCCACAGCUUAGGACAAAACUGUCAUCGUACGUAGAACCGGGUGGGACUCGGAGGAAGCCAAGGCUCGGGAGCUGUGGGCAAACCAUGGGCAGCGAGGUGAGCUCCAGGCUACUUUAACUGCGCAGCCUCUCUGUCUUCAGGUGCAGCUCAAGCGCCGAGUGACAGCGGCGGCUUGGCCGCUACGUGUGCCAAAUUCCAGGGCUUGGGGUUCUGCGGUGAGCUGAGGGACGGCUCCUCGGGCAAAGCCAGCUCCUCCAGCCCCAGCUGGGUGGGAGCAUCCUCUGCCUCCGCACUGUGUAGCCAUGAGCCAUCACCCACAAGAACCCACACAAAAGCUGCACAGCCCUCGCACGGGGAUGAUGCUCACAAUGCCGCUCCCGAGGGGCUCAGUUGUCUGUAUUCUCAGAUACUCUACGCAACACAGAACUGUGCAAGGUCUCCAAAAGCCAGCGGUGAACAAAAUUCACACAUGAACACAACGUAGCACCUUCCUGCAGGUUUGCAAGUCUCUUUCUCUCUCUCCGUCUCCAUCCAACCAA